AUGAGUGGUGCAUUGCCUCCAAGACCACAGUCAGGUGUUCCACCUGGAGGUGCUGGAGCUGGAGGUGGAGGAGGUGGAGGACCUCCUUCAAAUGCCCCACCAGCACCACCUACAGCCAACAAUGUAAAUACACCUCCCUCGACACCUCUGCCACCAAAACCUGCUGCUCUGAAACCUCGCGUCAACAAACCAUUGCCACAGGCACCAAUCAGUGGCCAAUCCACUGGCACAACAACUCCAACUACAUCAACAACCUCAACAUCAACAACAACAGCGAAUCCAACUCCAACCCCAACUCCUACCUCAACUCCAACUCCAACUCCAACAUCAACAAACGUGCCACCAAGCACUCCACUGCCAAAACCACCACUGCGCAGAGAUAACGCACCAAACACAAGUAGUGGAACACUUCCUCCACCAUAUCCACCAUCAUCGCCACCUCAACAGGUCAACCGAAUGUCAAUGAUGGGCGUUGGAAACAUCAGUUCAGGAAACUUAUCGACUUCCGCGCCGGUCCAAGGAGGCGGAAAGCCACCCAUAGUUGUUGCAUCCUCUGUUGCAUCACCUCCCAUCCUUCCAAGCAGUCCACCUCCAUCAUCUGUGUCGCUGAUCACUGCGACACCUGACAAGUCUGCGAGCAUCAGCACCAGCACUAGCACCAGCUCGGACUCACUCAACUUUGAGAAGGUGUCGUUGACAUCCGAGGGCGGAAAGGACAGCCCAAGCGCGCAGACCAUCGCUCAGAGUCUUGUCGCGUACAACUCGCGUCUGGAAGAGGACAGGAGCGAGACUUCGCCUGACACUGAGCGCGAGGGCGCCUCUGAUGAGAAGCGCUCCAUCUUCAAGAAGUUCCCACAUCAGUGGGCCAUUGGCAAGCUGGAGAAGGACUCCUCACAGAAGAAGGAGGAGAAGGAGCGCAAGGAGAUCGAGAAGAAGGAGGAAAAGGAGCGCAAGGAAAAGGAAAAGGCCGAGAAGAAGGAGCGAAAGGAGCGCGAGAGGAAGGAGAAGGACAUGGCCAAGGAGAAGGAGAAGGAUCAUAAGGACAGGAUGCUGGGCCGUUCAGCCAGCUCGAUCACCGCCAAGCUGAAGCAUGCUACACUCACUCGAAAUGCGCGCAUUGAGGACGACUCCUCGCCAAGCAGCAACUCACCAGUAAUGCUCGGCCACAACAACAACGUCGGCGGCAACAACAGCAACAGCAACAGCGUGCUGAGCUCACCAGCCAGCUCGUUCACAUCGAUAUCGUCACUGUCAAAUGUCGUCGACACUGGAUUCACACCCGGCUCCUCGCCGCCCUCCUCACACUCACACAUUGGCAGCGGCCUGGGUGGCGCUUCAGCAAGUGACAGCGCUAUACGUUCGGGCGCCACGCAACUGGACACCAGUCGCGGUUUGAUGACCUGGGGCUCAGGUUCCUACGGCAAACUGGGCUUCAAGCCCGAGAAGGACAGUCAGAACACACCGGAGCGUCUACCAAACUUCCAGACCUCAGACAUCUGUUCCAUCUCAUGUGGCAGCUACUACUCUGCCAUGUUGACAGAGAAUGGCGAUGUCUACAUGUGGGGUCGCGGCUCCGUCAAGAACCCACCCGUCCCAACCCUAGGCAAUGGCACGCUUGAUGAUCAAAUGACACCACAAAAGGUGGAGAUACUGUCUGAAGUCGUUGUGAUAUCAAUUGGAUUCUAUCACUCUGCUGCACUCAAGUCCAAUGGAGAGUUGCUCACAUGGGGCGUUGGCGAGGAUGGACAACUUGGACACGGCGACACACUCAAUCAACCGGUACCCAAGGUUGUCCAAGCCAUGAGCUCACAUUGGGUCACACAAGUAUGCUGUGGUGAGAAGCACACCAUUUGUCUAACUAAGAAUGGAAAGGUGUUUACAUGGGGAACGAGCGAGUAUGGUCAACUUGGACUUGGAGAUACACAGAAGAAUAGUACACCGAUGAUGGUCACAUCAUUGGACAAGUACCAGAUCAUUCAGAUUGCUUGUGGUGCCACUCACAAUGCUGUGUUGACUAAUCAGCGCGAGGUCAUCAUCUUUGGAAAUGGUGCUGCGAUGGGCUCCGCCACAAUCAUCUCAGUGCCAACAAUGAUACCCUCACUCAAGAGUUUGAAUAUCGAGCGUCUGAGUUGUGGCCAUUAUUCGACCGCCGCUCUGACCGAGUGUGGAGAUGUCUACACUUGGGGCACUGGCCAGGAGCUCGGCCACGGCCACACUGGCAACGAGUCGCAGCCCAAGCUGGUCGAGGCACUGCGCUCGCAGUCGGUGCGUCAAAUCAGUUGUGGUGGCCGCCACAUGGCCUUCCUCACAGACAGCGGCAAGAUAUAUACCGCUGGUAAGGAUUCAUUUGGACAGCUUGGCCAUGCUGCCGGCGACCAAAAGGUGCCCAAGAGGAUCGAUGCACUGCUCGGCAAGUUCGUAGCCAUCAGCUGUGGUGAGAACCACAACACUGCACUGUUUGACACGACGCGCUCAUUCCGCGACAAGUUUGGCUGGAAGCUACUCGAGACUCAGCGCACAUUUGUCCGCUCUCUCAACAUCCUUCGCUCAAUCUUCCUCAACCCACUGAUGAUGCGUGAUCGCGACAUGCUGCCAGAGUACCUCAAGCAUCUGCCAUACGUCUUCCUCUCGGAGGAGGAGAUCAAGACAUUGUUUGGCCAGCUCGAGCGUGUCUACAACGUCAACUCGUCGCUGCUGCAUCAGAUGAACGCUCGUAUGUUUGCCUGGUCUAACCGACGCAAGAUCGGAGACAUCCUGCUCAAUCACUUCAAGUCCACCGACGUGCUGUACAACCAGUACAUCGACCACAUACCCUCGGCCAUCCACAUGCUGGACGGCAUGCUCAAGAAGACCAGCUCGCCCAUUGUCAACUACCUAAAGGAGUGCGAGCGUCUGGCUAUGGACCGUCGCAAGGCCGAGACUGACGACGAGCAGAAGGAGUUCAACUUGCGAGCGCUACUGCUCGAGCCCCUGCUUGUCAUGUCUCGCUUCCAGAAGAACAUCAACGGCAUGGUCAAGUACACCAAGAACACACACAUCGACUAUCAAGGCCUUGUCGACCUGGAGAUGAUGAUUGAGGAGAAACUGGGCAAGGUGCAGACCAUCGUCAACCUGGUCAACUCGCCCAACAUGCUGGCCAACUACGUGGCGUCCCAGGCCAACAUGUCGUCAGCCGAGUCGUCCGACUCCUCUUCAUUCCUCAAGGAGUACGAUGCCAAGAUCGAGUCGCUACAGAACUUCAAGAAGACAUGUCUCAAGCUCAUCAAGUCGAGCAAGAAGUACUAUGAGGUCGAGGUGGACUCGUUCAAGGAGCAGGGUCACUUUACAGAGAAUCUGCUGCUGGCCAAGUCCAAUCUGGAGACAGUUGUCGAGCCAUCACUGGCCUCAUCACUCGAGCACUUCUCUGCAUCAAUCAAGAAGGUCAACUACCUGCGCAGCGAGCUGUCGACACGCACCAACUCUGCCUUUUCGCAGCCACUGACCUCGGUCGUCGACGAGCUCGAUGCAUUCAUUCCUCUCAUUGUCGAGAUGCGCAAGCGUGUCUUUGACUCUCACGUUGAGUACGAUUCGGCCGUGAGCAAGCUAUACUCGUUGGCCAAGAACGUGCAAUCCAACGACAAGAAGGUUGUUGAGGCCGAGAAGGAGGUCGGUGGCCUGAAGAAGGCCCUGGACAAGACCGCGCACGAGUUUGAUGGACUGUUCAAGGCUGGCACUCUGAUACAGGCUCGUUCACUCAAGGUGUUCUACGCAUGCAUGAAGGCCCAGCAAGACUACUUUGAGCGUGGACUUCAGCGCUUCCAAGCUAUGAAGCCCUCAUUCGACGCGCUCGACAGUCACUUCCGUCAACAGAGCCGUGCCGCAUGGUCCAAGUCUGUGUAUGAUCAGUUGAUCGCCACGUUUGCCGAAGGCAAGGGUUCGAGAGACUCGGUAGCCGCGCCCGUUGCGCCCAUUGGUGUGGACACUGGAUCGUUCGAGGACGUUACAGCGGCAGUCACUACAGUCAAGAGCCAGGCAACUGUGGUCGAUCCACACACCGUAUUUGCUGAGCUCGAGUCCACUGACUGGCAAUUCAUUCUGGAUCCACCAACAGCCAACGAGUUCACCGAUACAUUCAUCGAGGAGCAGUAUAAUCAAUUGGUAUCGCUUCUUGCCUCCCCAUCACUCCAGGUGGUGCAGUGCGUCGUGUCACCAUGCAGCCAGGAAGAACAGGGACGUAUCAUCGACUCGAUAUCCAGGAUCUUUGACAGCUUCAACAAGAUUCGUCCAAUCAUCCAGACCGGCAUUGAGGUUGAGGUGGCCGCCACCGCCAACUCGUCCACCCUGUUCCGUUCCAACACAACGGCCACCAAGCUGAUGACUGCGUUCACCAAGAUGAAGGGUAUGUCCUAUCUCACCAAGGUGAUCACGCCACUCGUCAAGGAGGUCAUUGCCAACCCCAACGGCUACGAGGUCGACCCGUCCAAGAUCAACGAAGGAAGUGAGGAGCUGAUGACCAACAUGAUGAGCUUGAUCCACAUGUCCGAGAAGUUCACCGAUAAUAUCAUCGACUCGUUGCACCAGCUGCCCGUGUCGUUGCGUGAGAUAUCAAAGUAUCUUCAACAGGAGGUCGUCAAGAAGUUCCCAGACAACAAGCACUCGAGUGUUGGAGGCUUCAUCUUUUUGCGAUUCCUGUGUCCUGCAAUCAUUGCGCCGUUCACAGCAGGCUUGGUAGAUGAAGCACCGGGCCCCGAGGCCUCCCGUGCCCUCGUGCUCAUUGGAAAGGUGCUUCAAAACCUUGCCAACGGCAUUGAGUUUGGACAGAAGGAGUCAUUCAUGCUUCCCGUCAACCGUUUCAUCAUUGGCAACCUCACCCGUCUUUAUGAGUACUUUGACAAGUUGACCGAUGUACCAGACUACCGCGCGGACUACGUACCAUUGUCCUCGCAGGAUGAGGUUCAAAAGGACAUCAGGAACACACACAUUGUCAUUGUGAAGAACUUGCCCAAGGUCAUCAAACAGUUGGCACUCUACAAGCAAAAGGACAUCAUUGGUCAACUUGCCAAGACACUUCCAUCAAACAUUGGACUGAUCAGUCCAUGUCCAGCCACCAUCCAGAAUGUAUUCAUCCAAUCAAUCUGA